AUGGCGUCCCACGAACAAAACAUGCCAUUCAUAAAAAACCUGGCCUCAAGCGACCGCAAGCUCCGAACCCAGGCCCUGACCUCCCUCCAGACCUUCCUCGGCUCCCACCGCUCCCUCGCCCGCCUCGACGCCCUCAAGCUCUGGAAGGGCCUCUUCUACGCCAUGUGGAUGUGCGACCGCCCGAUCCCCCAGCAGAACCUCGCCUCCGAGCUCGCGGGCCUGACGGCCUGCCUCAAGAACGACGACGUCCCCGCCUGGCUCUCCGCCUUCUGGGAGACCAUGUCGCGGCAGUGGACCGACAUCGACGUCCUGCGCAUGGAGAAGUUCCUGCUGCUCGUGCGCCGGACCUUCGCGUCCGGCCUGGCCUGGGUCAAGGAGGGCAAGUACGCCGAGGCCCGCGUCGCGGCGCUCGAGGGCGUCUUGAGCGAGUGGCCCUUCGAGGUCGAGGGCGACCUGCGCAAGGUGCCCAUCGGGCUGCGCCUUCACGGGGUGGACAUCUGGGUCGACGAGCUCGAGAGGGCGGAUAUUAUCAAGGAUGACGCGGAGGAGAAGGCUGUCGCGUUCGCGAAGAGGGUUAGCAAGCUCGUCGAGCCUCUCAAGCGGUCGCCGGUCAAGACCGUGCGCGUCAAGGCCGUGGAUUCGCUCGAGGACGAGAGGCUGCCGUGGGUUGAGGAGAAGGUGGAGGAGAAGGAGGCCGAUAGUAUGGAUGAGGACGACGACGAAUGGGGCGGCUUCGGCGAUGAUUGA